AUGGCGUCGGGGAGCUCUCUAGAUCUGAACUCUGAACAGGCGAGGAAACUGCAGUUACCUGCGAGCUGCGAUCCCCCCCAGCCAGGCAGCCCCACGAAGCAGCAAGUAUGGGUUGUCUUUGGUGGCACCGGCCACAUGGGGCGAUCUCUCGUGAGGAGCGCACUUUCACAUGGAGACCUCGUCGCCAGCGUGGGGCGGAAUUUCGAGUCGCCCCAGCCUAGUGAUGCCGGCCUGCAGGACCAUUGCCUCAAUCUGCAAUGCGAUGUGAGGGCGCGGGACUCGGUGACCCGCGUCUACGAGCGGGCGCUGGAGCACUUCGGCCGCGUCGACAUCGUGGCCAACUGCUCCGGCUACGGCGUCAUUGGCGCGUGCGAGGACCAGGACGAGCACGAGAUCCGCAACCAGUUCGAGACCAACUUCAUGGGCACCCUGCACAUCCUCCAGUCCAUCCUGCCGUACUUCCGGCAGCAGCAGGCCGGCCGCUACCUCAUCUUCAGCUCCACCUCGGGUGCGCUGGGGGUCCCGGGGCUGGGCCCGUACUGCGCGACAAAGUACGCCGUGGAAGGCCUCAUCGAGGCGAUGCUGUACGAAAUCGACGCGUUCAACCUCAAGGCCACGCUGGUAGAGCCGGGCCUGGUCCGCAGGGACGAGCCAGACUCGCAGACCAACCCGCUGCCGACGUGGGGCCACUUCCUCAUCAAGCCUGCCAGCGAGCCAUACAGCCAGGAAUCGUCUCCGGCCUUGCAUGCGAAGAGGAUGGUGACAUGGCUGGGCGACCGACAGCCCACGAGCGCGGUCAAGUGCGCCGAGCUGGUCUGGCAGCUGGGACACUGCUCGUACCCUCCACUGCGGCUCCUGCUUGGUAGCUACGCCAUCGAGAGCAUCCGGGACAGGCUGAGGUCAGUGACGGAGGAGAUUGAGGACUGGAAGCAUCUGAACUUCCCCGUGCCGCCGGGGGAGGAGGGCUCGCCGGAGGCGGGGGACAAGAAGGCCAUCAAGGAGGAGACGAGCGAGGAGAGAGGCGAAGAUCCCGCCGACUUGACAGAUCAGGGCGAUACUAUAAUGGCUGCUGCGUAG